AUGGAGUCGGGGCUGAUCCCCCGGUUAGCGCGGCGCCUGGGCGUCUCCGAGCCCGACGUGCUCAGGAAGGCGGAGGAGUACCUGCGGCUGUCCCGGGUGAGGUGCGGCGGCCUGGCUGCGCGCACCUCCGAGACCAGCAGCGCCGUCAUGUGCCUGGACCUGGCGGCCGCCUGCCGAAGCUGCCCGUUGGACAGGGCUUACGUCGCCAAGCUGGCCGGCGUGAACAAGAAGGCGUACCAGAGCCGCCUCAAGUCAUUCGAGUGUCUCCUGGGCCUGAACUCGAGUGUGGGGAUACAGGACCUGGCCGUCCAGUUCGGCUGCACGGAGGCCGUGGCCCUGGCCGCGCAGACGCUGCAGAGCUACGAGGCCAGCCUUCCACAGACGCAGCAGGCGGACCUCGACCUGUCCCGGCCGCUGUUCACCGCCGCCGCGCUGCUCACGGCGUGCAAGAUUUUAAAGCUGAAGGUGGAUAAAAACAAGAUGGUAGCCACGUCGGGCGUGAAGAAGGCCAUCUUUGACCGGCUGUGUAAGCAGCUGGAGAAGGUCGGGCGGCAGCUGGACCGAGAGCCUCGAGAUGCCGGGCCCCCGCCCUGGAAGAAACAGAAGGCCGCGGACGAGGCUCCGGGAGCGGAAACAGAGGAGGUGGAAGAGGGCCCACCCAAACCGCCCCGCAGUGAAGACCCGGCGCUGGAUUACGAGGAGUGGAAAAGGAAGAUUCUGGAAAACGCUGCCAGAGCACAGGCGGCUGCGGCGGAGUGA